UGGAUCCUUAACCCACUGAACGAGGCCAGGGAUCGAACCCACAACCUCAUGUUUCCUAGUCGGAUUCAUUAACCACUGAGCCACGAUGGGAACUCCAGAAAGUAUAUCUCUUUCAAUGCUUACUAAUACAUGCAUCAGUUAUUCAUAGAAUAACCCCUUAAUUAGUACCACUGGCCAUAUUAUUCCCUGAUAUUGAAAUAGUAUGAUAGCUAUCAAAAUAGCAAUGAAUUUAAAUAAUGGCUAAGACUUAUUUACGGAAUAAUAAAUGCAUUACAGAAAUUAGGCUUCUGAAUUGUACCUGGUAAAUACUUAGAAUACCAUUGGCUAAUCAGCUACUGAAAGGGCAUGUGUAAUGUUAACUAAGGUAGUUCAAGCUUUGGACAUGGACAUGUUCCAAUAUUAAAAUUAUUGCCAAACUGAUAUUCUUAUAUACAACCUUUUGCUUUUAGGUCAUUGAAUUUUGCAGGAGGAUGCAAGAAUGCUUUCUCUCUCAAAUGGAGAACUUCUCUAAUUUAAUUACCUUUCAUUGAUGUGCCAGAUAGGUAGAUUUGAAAAACAUAAAAAUAGCAAAUUAGCUGUUAGUUCAGAAGUCAGCUUUAACCAGAGGAUCAAGUACCUAUUAAAAGAAAUAUGAAUUAUUCUUCCAGUUCACUGCCCUGCCCUACAUCUAAAAUAUAUAAUAUACAUAAAUGUCAACUUGGAGCUCAGUUCAGUUCAGCAUCCAUGUGUUGACCAGCUUUUAUGAACCACCUUCUUUGUUAGGCUCUGGAGACUGAAAGGUAAAUACGACAUGAAUCCUGCCCUCGAUAACCAUUCAGUUCAUCUGUGGAAGAUAGAUCAGUAAGCACAGGAUGGUACCACAGUAGAAGUAUAGGCAAGCCUAUCCAUAAUCUAAAUGUUCCAUAGGAUCUUUUUGGAGGCCUUGCUAAGAUUCCAUAGAUCAGGAGUUGGCAACCUUUUUUUCUGUGGGGCUAGAUAGUAAACAUUUUCAGCUUUGCCAGAUAUGCAGCCUCCGUCACAACUACUUAACUCUCCCAUAAUAGCUCAAUAACAGACAUAUACAAUAUUUAAAGGAAAGCAUCUGAGUCAUCUCUAAACCUCUGGUAGAAAUAGUCAUGCUAGACUAGUACCUACUGCUAGAGUAGUACUUUUAACCUCUGUAUCCUUCUCACCACAAUUAUUUCCUUUAUUUUUUCCCCCUCCUUUUUUUGUUUUCUUCUUAUUCUUUUUUUCUUUCCUGUCUUGAGUUGAAUCCUGACUCCAUAAUUAUAAUCAGUUAUACUUAGAGCAUGACCAUAACAAAGAGAUCUUAGUCCCUUAUUUCAUAAGAACUUUCAAUAUUAGUAUGUUACACUUUAAAACCUUUUUUUUUUUUUUUUGUAUGUGGUCCAUGCUCAAUUACAUUAUAACUCAUUUAAUCCUUAAAACUAGCCUGUGAGGUAGGUAUCAUUUAAAUUUCACAUAUAAGGAAAGUAAGCUUGGAAAAGAGAAGUGAUUUGCUCAAGACUAUUCAGCCUGCAGAACCUGGGAAACACAUGUUUAAUGCACUUGUCACAGUCAUGACCUUUAACACACCACAGCAUGCAUAGAAAACUCCAGUCCUAUUUAUGGAAUCAAUAGCUAGCAUGACCAGUUAACUUGUCCUGAUUUGUCAGGGGCCCAGGGAAUUCCCCAGAGAGGAGACUUUCAGGCUAAAACUGGGAGAGUUCUCGGCAAACUAGAAUAGUUUGAUCACCAUCAAUAAAUAGCCCCAGCUCUAAUUUCAGUGCCUCUUAAACUUGAAUGUGCCUAAGAAUCAUCUAGAGAUAUUGCUAUCAGAUUCUGAUUGCAUAGACUUGGAUUAGGCCUGGGAAUUGGCAUUUUUAACAAGCUCCUCUGAAUAAUGAGGUAUUCUUGUCCGAUCUCAGGGCUGAUCCAGACCUCAUCAGUCACAAUCUGCUUUUUCACAGGAUUCCCCAGGUGAUUCACACAUUCAAGUUUAAAAAGCUCAGUUCCUCUAGUCCACUUGUGAUUGGGAUAAAAUAAUCUCUACCUGUGUGUACUUUUCCUGGUUUUAGUGAGCCUUCCUGAAUACAGCACAACUCUUUUCACUAAUUUGCCUUUUUCCACCUUGCUAGGAGGUCAGACAUCUCUUUCUUAUACAUUUACCUAAUGGCUCACUCCUUAUUUUUCCUAAUAUCCUAUAACUUUCUUGACCCCACAUAUUUGAGCUCAAUAUUGGGUGUUUGUUUCUGCAGCUGUUAUUCCACAAAAAGACAAUUAUUCCACUUGAAGAUUUCAGCUUUUCAGCAUCAAAUAGAGCCUUAGAGUCAUUUACUUUCAACUACAAAACUGUCCAUGAGAAUGUAGUCUGUAAGAUUGUAAAAACAGUAAAUUAUUGUCUCAAAAUAUCCCCUGUGGCACCCACCAAAAAAAAAAAAAAAAAAUUAUUUGCAGUGGGCACUUCCUCUUGCCAUUAUUUCACUAUAAUGGAAGGUUAUAGAAAUUAUACUGACAGUGAUUUCUAUGUUUUUACUAUAGGUUAGGCAUUGUUCUAAGUAAUUACAUUUUAUGAUGUGCUCUUUUUACCCUGAUUAUCAAGUAUAUCUACUGAGCAGAAAAACGCUAGUAACUUGUCCAAAAUCAAAGAGCUAGUCGUAAGUGGUCAAGUCAGAAAUAGGGGCCAGGAAGUUCAUUCAGGUCCAGUGUAAAUGACUUUGACCUGUACACUAUGUGUUGACUAUAUUUCAGCCCCAUGAGUGUUUCUUUCAUAGCACUGACCACAAUUUAUAAUUAUCUAUUUUAAUUUUCACUUUCAAUCUGCCUUUUGGAUUUAACCCCCUUGUGAAAGGGAUCAUCUUUGUUUGGCUCCCCAUUACAUUUCUCAAGUUCCUGACAUAUACUAGGUACUCAGUAAAUACUUUUUAAAUGAGUGAAUAAACAACAAAAUAGUAUAAGAUUUGUACUCUAUAUACAUGCAAAGUAUAAAGUACUACAGAAGAGAGAAAGAUUAAGUCACCCUGGGAGAACUGGAAUCUCCGAAAACACUUCUGCCUGAGAAAUGUUGUAACUUUGGAAACUAGGUUGAUACUUUCACAGCAUCUAUUAUUGGUCAAACUUCCACUUGAGACAAUUACAGCUCUCCAUGUUAGUAAUAAGCUGGAAAAGGCUUUUCAAGAAAUUAUAUACUAAACAACAAGGUCUCAUUUUAUAGCACAGGGAAAAGAAUGUGAAAAAGAAUAUAUAUACGUAAAACUGAAUCACUUCGUUGUACACCAGGAACUAACACAACAUUGAAAAUCAACCAUACUUCAAUAAAAAAGAAAGAAAAAUGUUAUAGACAUACAUCUAUUUAAAAUUUGGUGUACAUGUAUUUCAUUUUAUUGUAGGUUUAAGAAGUCAAAACACAAUCAUCUGUCAUAUUCACUGGGGAUUGGUUCUAGGACCUCCAUGGAAACCAAAAUCUAUGGUUGCUCAAGUCCCUUCUGUAAAAAAGCAAAGUACAGUCAGCCCUUGGUGUCCUCAGGUUCUGUGUUUGAGGUUGGUUGAAACCAUACCUAUGGAACCUGUAACUACUGAAGGCCAACUAUGAUCAUUUUUUCUUUGCUGUUAAAGAAGUCGAUGGGCUUAUUUGGAAAUAGUGCCGCUGCCAUAAGUCAUCUUCAGAAUAUUUAAAAAAUCACGCUUCCUAAGUUAAUUGGUAAGAUGUAACAGCAUUUGGCUUAAAGCAGUAAACUGAGUUUGCAAUACACCUUGAAAUAUCUACCGUGGUUAAGAUGAGCUGUGUAAUAGCCUUAAAUACUUACUACUGCUCUGACUCGAAAUCCUGUGAUUCCAGCUUGCCAGGCUUCCUGCUUGUUAUCACCUCUUUAUCUUUACUUACUACAGUUCCCACCUGGAAUGCCUUUCCCUUUGAUUAGGCCUAUUUGAAACUGAAGCUUUUUAAACCUACCCACAAUCCUCCAGUGCUAAGGAGCUUUCCAGGAGGACGCCAGCACCCUGACUCUUGCCUUCUCUGCCCUCUGGUACUUAUGCCUCUGACAGAAUCUUUGAUAAUUCAUUUUGUGGGGUAAAAAGAUGGCCUAUCAGAAGGUCAAUGCAGAUCAAAGAGCUCCAGGCCAUUCACAGUAUUUAGACAAUGAUGACCUUCAAGCCACUGCCCUUGACUUAGAGUGGGACAUGGAGAAAGAACUAGAGGAGCCUGGUUUUGACCAGUUCCAGCUAGAUAGUGCUGAGAAUCAGAACCUGGAGCAUGCAGAGACUGCGGACCUCAAUCUUGACUCCAUUCAACCAGCAACUUCUCCCAAAGGAAGGUUUCAGCGACUCCAAGAAGAGUCUGAUUACAUUACCCAUUAUGCAAGAUCUGCACCAAAGAGCAACCCCUGCAACUUUUGCCGCCUUUUAAAAAUAUUUUGCACAGCAAUCAUUUUAUUUAUUUUUGGAAUUUUGAUAGGCUAUUAUGCACAUAAAAAUUGCCCUUCAAAUGCUACAUCUUCAGGAACACUUGAUCUUCAGUUAUACCAAGAGAUUCUCAAGACAAUCCAAGCAGAAGAUAUUAAGAAGUCUUUCAGAAAUUUGAUACAACUGUACAAAAGUGAAGAUGACAUGGAAAUUUCAAAGAAGAUUAAGAUUCAGUGGACUUCUUUGGGUCUAGAAGAUGUACAGUUUGUAAAUUACUCUGUGUUGCUGAACCUGCCAGGCCCUGCUCCCAGCUCUGUGACUCUGAGCAGCAGCGGCCAGUGCUUCCAUCCUGAUGGCCAGCCUUGCAGCGAAGAAGCCAGAAAACACAGCAGCCAAGAUCUGCUCUACUCAUAUGCAGCCUAUUCUGCCAAAGGAACUCUCAAGGCUGAAGUCAUUGAUGUGAGUUAUGGAAAUGCAGAUGAUUUAAAGAGGAUUAAAAAAAUGAAAAAUGUAACAAAUCGGAUUGCACUCCUGAAAUUAGGAAGAUUGCCUCUACUUUAUAAGCUUUCUUUACUGGAGAAGGCUGGAUUUGGAGGUGUUCUUCUGUAUAUUGAUCCUUGCGACUUACCAAAGACUACAAAUCUUAGCUAUGAUACCUUCAUGGUGUCACUGAAUCCAGGAGGGGACCCUUCUACACCUGGAUAUCCAAGUAUUGAUGGAAGCUUUAGGCAAAACCGAUCAAACCUCACCUCUCUACUAGUACAGCCCGUCUCAGCAUCUCUCAUUGCAAAACUUAUCUCUUCACCGAAAGCUACAACUACAAACAAUGCCUGUACCCCUCUAGAACUUCCGAAUAAUGAGGAAAGAAUUGUCAACAUGCAAAUUCAAACAGUCACAAAAUUCAAAACAGUCACUAAUGUUGUUGGAUAUUUAAAAGGCUUGACAUCUCCAGACCGUUAUAUCCUAGUUGGCAGCCGUCAUCAUACCGCAUACAGUUAUAAUGGGCAAGAAUGGGCCAGUAGCACUGCCAUCAUCACCGCUUUUAUCCGGGCCUUGAUGUUAAGAGUUAAGAGAGGAUGGAGACCCGACCGCACUAUUGUUUUCUGUUCAUGGGGAGGAACAGCUUUUGGAAAUAUUGGCUCAUAUGAAUGGGGAGAGGAUUUCAAGAAGGUUCUGCAGAGAAAUGUUGUGGCUUAUGUUAGUCUCCACAGUCCCAUAAGGGGUAACUCAAGUCUCUAUUCUGUAGCUUCACCGUCUCUUCAGCAACUGGUAGCUGAGCCUCCAUAUGACCUCCAUUGCAAUUGGGAGAAAGCUGAUGAUCCAUCCAUUUCAACCCCUCCUGCCCCAAAAAAUAAUUUCAACUGUUCCAGAAGAGGUCAGUGCCCAGAAACCAAUGUCAGUUCUGUACAGAUGCAGGAUGAUGCCGAUUAUUUCAUCAACCAUCUUGGAAUUCCCACCGUGAGGUUUUCUUAUGAGGACUCCCAAUUAUCAGAGGGUCCAAGUUUUCUCUUCGAGGCCCUUUUCCCCAAACAUACAACAAAAAUUGAAGAACUGGAUCCUUUUUUCAACCUUCAUGAAACCAUUACCAAGCUCUCAGGAGAGGUGAUUUUGCAAAUUGCCAACGAACCAGUUCUGCCAUUUAAUGCUCUCGAUAUAGCUUUAGAAGUUCAAAACAGCCUUAAAGGUGAUCAGCCCAACACUCCUCAACUGCUGGCCCCAGCCUCACGCCUGCGGGAGAGCACUGAACUCUUUCAGUCAGAUGAGAUGCGUCCUGCUAAUGAUCCCAAGGAGAGAGCUCCCAUCCGUGUGCGGAUGCUGAAUGACAUUCUCCAAGACAUGGAGAAGAGCUUCCUGGUGCAGCAUGCACCACCAGGAUUUUAUAGAAAUAUCCUGUACCACCUCGAUGGGAAGACAAGCCAGUUUUCAAUACUCCUGGAGGCCUGGGAACACUGCAAGUCGCUUGCAUCAAAUGAGACCCUUCAAGAAGCCCUGUCAGAGGUGUUGAACAGCAUUAAUGCAGCUCAGGUUUACUUCAAAGCAGGACUUGACGUGUUCGAGAGUAUCUUAGUUGGAAAGAAUUGAGAAAACUCUCAGCAUUUUAAAAAGUUUGUUUACAAUUCCUCAAGUGAAAGCUCUAAUCUGACCAGAUUUUCUGACAUUGAAGACUUUUCUCCCCAAUAGCUUUUUAUAGAAGUAUAAAGCUAUUCUUUGUAUUUUUUUAAUGUACAUAUAAAAAGAGCAUUUUGCACAAUUUUUCUUUUAUCUACAUUUCCAAUGAUCUAAAAGUGAGUUAUUGAAAUAAUACUAAGAUUUAUCUAUGAAAAAGAAAUCUGCUGUAUUUUUAUAUGUAGAGUAUUUGGGGGAAAAUUUUCCUAGAAAUUCUGGAGAAUUUCUGCUCCUAUGGAUAAAACAUGUGGGAACAGAAAUGAUUAGAGCUUUAAUGACCUAGUUUCUAUAAUAGAAAUCAACAGUGAAUAUGGUUUCAGAUUAACUUCACUUUUAAGUAUUCAAUAUGAAGAACAGGUAUUCUGAUCAAGUGAUUGGUUGACCAAAACCACUCUGAAUGUGUCUAUUUUGUGAAAUGAAGUGCCUGUUUGUAACACAACUAGAUAUAGUAAUACACUGGUUAUGAAAUUGUGUUUUUUUAGGUAUUAAUGGAAAAAAAAAAAAAAAGAGCCAUAAACAUUCCAGGGGGAAAAAUCUCAAGGUAGCUGCACAGAGCAAUUUAAAUGUAAAUUUUUUUUCUAAGAACUUAUAAGGUGACUAGCUUUGAAACCCCUAAUUUGUCUCAGUUGAUUUUGUAAAAUUUUCAGGAGUGAUGUAUGUGUUAUGAGGGAGAAAAUAUUUCUUUCUUCCUGUGUUUCCGUUGGAAGCCCUGAAAUAGAUCUACUCUAAAAUGAAAGCAUCUCGCAUUGCUCUUCUUUAGUAUAUCUUGUCUGAAACUCCUUGCUGCAAGGCGGUUUUCAUAGAAUACCAUAUAAUUUCCACAGGAAAGUAGCAAAGUUUCUCUUUGAAAACCCAAAAUACCUUAAAAAUCAUCAAAUUCCUAUUUCUGACACUAACAAGAAGGACUUAUCAUGAACAAAAUAGUUGUUUUGAUCAACAAAACCUCCUUAUAUCUAUGAAGAAACUUUUGAUGUUUUUUUCCCUUCUUCAUCCUUAAUUGUGAAUAAGAUGACCCAUAGAAAUAUUCAUGCUUCUACUUUUAUGCAGAAAAUAUGCUGUUACUAGAAGAGCAUGUCUUUGUCAUGCUUCAGUUCUCUCAUGUUGAAAAUGAGGCUUUUCAUAUGACACUGUCAUUGAAUGGACUUGUUUCCCGAAACCACAGUAUUCUAUUAGUUGACAGUUUAAACUUUUCGCUUACCUUUAGAAAUUGAUUUGGUAUUGGAUAAAGCAAUUCCCCUUAGGAAACAUAUCCUCAGAAUAUUUCAUGUGAAUCAUUUCUCUAAUACACGUCCCCAGCAUAUACCUCCAGAGUGACUUCACAGACAGUGCCUAUAGGUCUGAAUCUUUGCUUUUUUAUGAAUGAACAUAAACCUAACCUUAGUUUAAAGAAAAACUAAAGUUAAAGGGGAAGAAUUAAUCAGCAUUGAUUUAUAAGGGUCAGCUCUCCCUACCAUAAGUAAUGUUUAUAUGCUUAAGACAAAGAAGAGAAUUGGAGCACUUAGCUAAAUAAUUCAAGCAGAAAUCCAUUUUCAUCAGAAUUGCCUGUGUGCACAUAUUUUACAUAAGAAAUGCAACUAUCUUGCAAUGUAUAUUUCUUACCCAAUAUACUUGUCUGAAAAGAUUUGCUAUGUUGAGGAGUGUCUACAGGAAGGGGCUGAGAACCAAGCUCCUGCCUUUCUCAAAAUCAGUGCCCUCUUGCUGCACAGAAAACAAAUGGGAGGAAUACGCAUAUAGAUACAUGUCAGAUCAAAUAAUAGAAUCCUUUAUACCGAAGGAUCUAACAUAUUGAAUCGAGGUUCAGUGUGAUCUUCAUUUGGAGUCAAAUUUAAAACAAAGACAAAUAAUUAUCGGUUUGGAAGUUCAUCAUUUUAGAACAAAAUCCUAAGUAAACUCACUUCCUUAAUCUGUCAAAGCAUUGAGUGCACAAAAUACUUGUUUGGGCACUUUUGUUUAAAGAUUGUAUACUUAUCUAAACCAUAUUGAACAGUUUAAAAUCUCAACAUUCUCUAAUUUGUUUUUCUUCUAGAUUAUAGGGUAUUUGCUAUUUGAAAACUGAAAAUAGAUAACCAUAGUUUAACAUAUUUUUAUUCAUCUAUUUAAGAGAUUAUGAAAAGAAACAAAAUUAAAACAGAUGCCCACCAAUUCUAUAAAUGCUGUACUAGGUCUUUGCAAUAAACCUCUGAGCUAGGAACAUUACUGCUAUGGGGUGAUUACCUCGGGGUCUUGUCAAAUUUGUAUCAUUUUAAUUUUCCCUAAUAGAUCCAAGUAAAUAAAAUCCUAUGCAAGUUAAUAACAAGUGCUUUUUGGUGAAUUGGUAGUAGGAUUACAUUGUUGCUGGGCUAUGUGGGUGCCUGGUACGUCUCGCAAUUCUUCAUACAUAGUAUACCAAGACAUAAUGAAUCAUAAAUGGCCAUCCUCCCAAGAAAAGGUGGCUGAUGUACACCACUGCAAUUUGUGCUCACAUGGGGUUCCCAUGGGAUACUGCCCUUUGUGAAGAGUACAGAUUCCAGAGGCAAAAGGAAGCCAAGAUAUUCUGGACUAAACCCUACAAUGUUACCUUUGGCCAGGAAAGCAUCACCAUCCUCAUCAGAUAGAGUAACUGAAGAUAAAGUGAUUAAGAAAUGGGGUAGAGUCACAUAUUCAAAUAGAAAGAAUGCUGCUAGGAUUUAAGCUUCUCUGCUUUCUCAUGUAGUAUAUCUGGCUCUGGUUCUGAGUUACAGGGUUAUAAAUGAUAUUUUCCACUUACAUUCUAUGUAACCAGCCAUUCUGCCAAAUGCUGUAUGGACUAGAUUCACUGCUUUUUAAACUAAGGAUUAGUUCAUUCUCUCACUAUACCUCAAAAACAAACCGUCUCAGAGAUUCUAUGCAAAGAGCACAAAGACUAAGUACUUGCAGGGGAUGGUGAAAAUCUAUACACAACACCAGUGGUCAUGAAGGAGGGCAAUGAAAAUUCUUUUAUGAAAGGACAUUUUAGCCCUAUAUGAAGUCAGCAAUCUAAAGAAGUAUUUCUCACAAUGUAGAUUUGGGGGAAGGAAACCUAGGAAUCUUCAUCUUCAGCAAGAUUUCCUAGACAAUCCUUAUGCACACUGAAGUUUAAGAAUGUCCUCCUCUGCAUUAAUCCUGAGUCCUGAGAAAACAUUACUUGAUGAUAUAUCUAAAGAAACUGAGGGCUCACAGUAAUAAGCGAUACCUACAUCUGUGCUAUUAAUGGCACCAUUAAAAAGAGAGGGAGUGUAUGUAAGCAUUGCAUCUUUCAAAAAUGGACACAGAUACAACUAACAAAGACUUUUUAAUGUCUUUGUUCUAAUUGAAUCCUCAUGACAACUCAUUUUAAAAAAUAAAGAAACUUGGUUGAAUGAUUUGUCCAAAGUUCCACAGCUAGUAAAAUACGUUGAGAUAUGUGUCUCUGCUGGGCCCUCUGAGGUCCAGACCAGUGUUUUUCAUGCUGGAUGGUACAGGAAGUUAAAAAUCUUUUGGUUAUAAGAAGCGAUAUAAUUUGAAACUUUUAAUGCAUUUCCACAGAACUGAUCAGACUAUAUCAUCAGCCACUUUGCUGGUUUAAUGGAGGAGUAUGAAGAAACCAAAUUCCUCUUACUGAUUGUCUCCUCAAUAAUGGUGUGUACAUACAGAUAAACCAGAAGAUAUCUAUAAUACAUUAAGAGUAAGGGCACCAUUGUAGAAUAUCAUGACAACCAGAUGUAAAAUUAUAACAGACCAGAAGCUACAUCUCUUGCAAUUUCCUCCUCAAAAUACCUGUGUAAUUUCACUGGAAAAAUAAAAAGAACAGGUGCUAGGGUCUACAAGUAGUUUCAUAUCAUCCUUAAAACUCAGAAUAACUAAUUGACUUUUUAAAAUUAGAUAAAUAUAGUAUACAGUGGGUUUCCCCAUUGCAAAGAUAGGUGUUAUAGAAAUAAAGUAACUUAUUACCAUCUGUCCAGGGAGGAAUCAGCAUCUCUGCUGCAAAUGAAAAACUCUAUUUUCAUAGUUCAUAGAUCUAGCCAAAAAUUUUCUCAUUAGACAUUUUGUGAUAUGAAUAAUUAAUUACUCCAAAAAUUAAACUCUCUCUGAAGGUAGCACAUUAUCAUCUUAUUGGUUUAAAGGAUUGUUUAACUGUGCCUUAGCCACACAUUCUCUCAAUAGAAAGGAAUUAUAUUUUAAACUGCCACUCCUUGUGUUGAGCAGAAGGGAAAUUUGUCUAGGAGCGUGCACACAACCCAGGAGAAAAAAAAUAAUGUGAUCUUUGAACAAAGAAAUAUUCUAUCAGCACUAGUGAAUCUGCAUUUCUUGCCUAAGUAUAAAUUGCUUGCUUAGAAAAAGCCUCAUUAGAAUCUACUAUUCAAAAAGAUCUUAAAAUUCUCAGGGUUUUAAACAUCCCAUUAAGUGUAAAUACUUCUCAGUUAAGUGAGUUUGCAGUUUAGAAUUUCUUGAGGUAUAUUUAAAAGAGAAGUUGCAAAAGAAAAAUUUAAAAUGUAGCCAUUUUUGGUCACUACCAGGUCCCUUCAAGUUUUUGUUUUUUUCUUUCUAGAUACACUCUAGCAGUGGGAUUAGGAGUUUUUUUGUUUGUUUUCACCCUGAGAAUUUUAAGAUCUACUCAUCUCAAUAUACAUUUAUCCGUUAAUCAGCCAGAAUUUUAUUUCCAUAAUACUUUUCCAUUAUCCUCCAAAAAUGUACACUGAUGCAUACACAGAUGUACCUGCUUUAGCAUUCCUGGAACCACCAAGAAUCUUGAAAACUUGCUGAUUAUGAGAUACUAUAUUUCUUAAAAUACAUUUAUAGUUUCAUAUUCAGAUUGUAUCUGAAUUUACAAGGCAAAAGGAUUACAUUGAGACCCUUUCAGGUAGCAUUCAAGAAAAAGCUGCUUCACAUCUUAACGUAUUCUGGUCAGAUUAUUUUGUGUCUGAAUUAUAUAGUGACAUAGUUUUCUGUAACCAAAACAGUAAUUUUGAUGUUUUUAGCCAAAGUAAAAAAAAAUUGAGGCCAAAGAAAUACAUAGCCAGUCUAAUUUCUUAAGCAGGACCCAUCAAGAAUUAACUCCAUCAACUGCAGUUGAUUCAACACCUACAUCUAAAGCUUUAAUGAAUGUAGAGAGAACCUAACAGUAUUCCUUCUAAUUCCUUUCAUGUCAUGUGCCAAUAAGCGCUGAGGUAGCUUUUCUCAGAAGGAAACCAAUUUUAUUUUCCAGGGUCUAAUUAAUAUGUACCACCUCAGUCCCGAAAGGACCACACAGGCGCCUGUACCAUGCCAUAUGUCAUGUGCUAUAUUCCAGCAAGCUCAAUAGAUUAAUACACAAUCAUUAUUAUGAAUUAUUAUGUUGUAUUAAAGUUAAUGUUGGUCUUUUGUUUUAAUUAAAGUACAAACUUGGCAUCUGAACAGACGCUUAGCUAGAGAGUGGAGUUAAAGUCUCUAUUUUAAAGAGCUACAUAUACUUUUCAAUCACAAUGUAUAAUUAUUUAACUACCUGGCCUGCUCAGUAAGAUUAACUCUCAGUUUCCUCAAAGAAACUUUAUUCAAUAUAUUGACACAGAUGGGCACUCCUUGGAGUGUGUUUUACCUUUUUAAGUUUUGUUGAAUCAUGCUUUCAUUAUAUGGGAUAGUGUUUUAUUAUUAACAAUGGUUUUUUUUUUUUACCUUUAUAUCAAGUUGGUGCAAAUAUAUAGACCCCUUUCACCUUCCUCUAAAAGUCGGAGAAAAUGCUAUGAUUCUAUAAAGACAGGUUUCUCAUAUCUGUUUAAUAAGAAGCAAAAUAUUUUACUACACUAUUGCAAGUUGUCUACAGGCAAUGAAAUGCCCAGAUGGUUAAAUGUAGCUCACAUAAUUAUAUUCCAAAGAUGUUAUAAAUAAUUCCAUUUAGAAGCUAAGAUAGAACUCUAUUAGGUAAUUUAGUAUUUACAUUUCACACAGAACGGUUUUAUGGCAAAUAAAUCCCACACAUUCAAACUUACUACUUGGAGAAUAUGAACUGAAUUAUAUUCAGAAAAGAAGAAAAGCUUUCUAAGACACUUUGAAGGGCUAAUUUGUUUUUUGAAGACAUGUAGAAAAAUCAGUACAUUAUUGAUAAUAGUUUCAUGUGUGUUUGGAAUUUUAAUAUAUGCCAUUUUUUUAGCCAUAUCAGCAUCAUAUGAUAUGAAUAUUUCAUACAUUUAGAUAUAUGAUAUUUAGAUAUAUAUGAAAUUUUAGUUCAUAUUUAGAUUAUGAAAUUUUUUAAUAAAAGUUCCCAGUUUUAUAAUUUUUAUAAUAAAAAAUACAUCCCUAAAAUAAAGAAUGGUGAUGAGCAGAAGAUUCAUAAAUUAACUUGGGAUAAACUUUGGAACAUAAUUUUCCAAUUAAAUUUGCUUUGCCUAAAAAACAAAAUUUCUCAAGGAGUGUCACAAUUAUUAAAUUGCACUGAACUGUUAUAGUGUUGAAUAUUGUUCAAAAUAAUUAGAUUAUCUGUGAUUUGGAAAUAUUUUCAUUGUACAGAAAUUCAUUGUGUCUUUGUCGUGAAUGAUUUUGAAUGACUGAGGCUUGUAUCUGGUUUCUUAAUUGCUAUAUAAGGUUGAAUGUCUAAUUUGUAUAAUGUGUGGGUACCCAUCAAGAAUCUAGUGCUUUCUAUAUUUAGGCCAAUUGUGAUUGCAAUUUAUUUUGCAACUUUUAAUGUAUUAUUCACAUGACUCAAUAUACAGCUUACUUAGGAAAAUAUGCUGUGAUUUGGAGUGAUGAAAAAUGGAUUGGGAUAUCAUAUCCAUGAAGCAUAUGAAUGAAUAUUUUAUAUUUUAGUUGCUUAAAUAUUUGCACAUAAUUGGAAACAUAGUACUGCGAAAUGAAGGCUUCUUUUAAGGAAUACUUUCUGAUUCAUAAAUGCAAUGUGUAUGUACAAUAAAAUAGUAAUAUUUAAAUGUCCAUUUAAAAAAUUAAGUACAGGUGAAAAUUAUCCUGUGUUUUUUAUAAAAUACAUAAUAUUUUAAAUAUGUAACAUGAAUUAUUUAAUAGUAUGUAUUACUAAUGAAUUAUCUUUAUGUACUGUGUAUCACACCCUAACAGGAAUAAGCCUGAACAAGGCUUUUUAUCAUAUUUUUAUUUUUUUGCCUUCCAUUCUCUUCUCAAAUGUGCAGUACUCAUAUUGAGCCUGUUAGGUUUGUACUCCGUGGGAAGUUCUAAUAUCAAGUAACAGCAUUUGUAACAACUCCAGUGCUAAGAAAUUUUGUUUUUUCAAAUUUGCUCUAAAAAAUGUUGUCAGUUCUUUAUUGCACAAAGGGAUCUCCAUUGGUAGGAUGUAGCAGUUUUCACUCAUUUAUUCAUUCAGCAAACAUUUACAAAGAGCUUAUUCUAGUCUUGGUACUGUAUUAAGUGCUAGAAAUAUGAAUAUGAUUAAUACACUUUUGCUUUCUAGGACUUCACAGUCCUAAAAUAUAGCACUUCAGUUUAACUAAUGUCAACACUAGAUUCAGAGAGACUCAGAGAUAGUGUAGUUUAUUUCAAAGAUAUUGAUGGAGCAGAGAGAGCUUAAAAGACAUCAUAUGCUCAGGUCUGCAUCAUCACUAUGUCUUCCUUCAGGUUCAUUAAUACCAAAACAGAGUGUUCUUUGCUCCAAUAGCUUUGCUUUAUGAUAGCUAACAUUGACUGAGGGCUUACCAUUGCACCAAGUAUACACACACACACACACACAAUUUUUUGAGAGUAUAAUCUGCAGAAUUAUGUGAUUAUUCUAACCAUGAAGUAAAAUUUAAUAAUAAUAAAUUUAUUUUAAUAAAUCUAAUAAUUCAUGGGUAUACAUAUGAAUAAGAUACAUGUAUUCAAAGUAUAAAAAUACUGACUGAAAAAGUAAAUACCUAAUUUGAUUCUUGGUAGGUGGGGAAAAAAGUGGUAAGGAUAGGGGUACAGAGUACAAUUUAACUGCCUUGUUUUAUUUCUCUUUUACAUAAAAAGGAAUUCAAGAUUUUAUUCUCAUUUCUUUACAUCCUCCUUUAUCAGUCUGAGUGGUGGAUAUGUGUAUCUUUGUUAUGGAAUUCUUACUAAUUUUUUGAAUUAAAAAAAAACUAAUUCCUAAUAA